GAAUAUAUAUAUCAAAUUAGUCAAUAUGAUUGUAAGCAUUCCAGGUUUGAUUGCCAUUGUGAUUUUUUAUCUUGCCGUUUUCAUUGUUGGUAUCGUUGCGGCAAAAUUAACUACAAAAAGAAAGUCAAAUCUUGCUUCAGAAACGAUCAUGGUUGGAGGGAGAGACAUUGGUGCUGUAGUAGGCUUCUUCACUUUGACUGCUUCGUGGGUCGGCGGUGAUUAUAUAAACGGAUUAGCCGAAGCUGUAUACACGUCCCAUGUUGGUUUGAUGUGGGCAUUGUGCAUCCCGAUUGGAUAUGGUUUAGGAUUGAUUUUAGUCGGAUUAUUUUUUGCCGAUAACUUGCGUGAUAAGAACUACACCACCAUCAUCGAUCCCGUUCAAGCUAAACUUGGCAGGUACAUGGGAGCAGUAGUUGCCUCUGUAGAAAUAUUUUCUUUAAUUAUAUACACGGGAGCCAUAUUGAAUGCCCUUGGUGGCAGUUUGCAAAUUGUUGCAGGGUUACCAAGAAUAGGAUCUGUUAUUAUAUCUGCAGCAAUCGCACUACUAUACACAACGUUGGGUGGAUUGUAUUCAGUAGCAUAUACCGAUGUAUUGCAACUUAUUUUGAUAGCCGGAGGCCUGAUUCUUUGUUUACCUUUUGCUUUCAACCACGAAGCGGUAAUUGAUAUAGCAGAUACUGCUUAUGGAAAAACAGGAUGGAUUGGAUCUUGGGAUUCAAGCAGUGGUGGAGCAUACAUUGACUUGUGGCUUCUAUCUAUUUUUGGUGGUAUUCCAUGGCAAUCCGUUGUCCAACGAGUUUUAGCAGCAAAUUCGAAUCGAAAUGCCAAAUUACUUUGCAUACUCAGUGGGUUUGGUACAGCUUUGAUCGCAAUACCACCUAUACUUAUUGGAGCCGUUGGAGCAUCGGCAAAUUGGACUCUCACAUCUUAUAUGAACGGCAGUGGUUCCUCUCCACUGGACGAGCAUGACAAAAGACUUAUUUUACCAAUAGUAUUACUAUAUCUGACACCUCCUGCAGUAUCCUUUUUUGGCUUGGGUGCUACGGCGGCAGCGGUAAUGUCUUCAGUUGACUCAACAACUUUGUCAUGUGGAAGCCUUUUUGCGAGAAACGUUUACAAAAAUGCAAUAAGACGAAAUGCAUCUGAUCGUGAAGUUGUCUGGGCGAUGAGAAUAUCGUUCCUUGUAUUUAUCGUAAUAUCUUCAGUAGUCGCACUGACCGUUGAUUCAAUAUUUGUACUUGCAUAUCUGUCAGCGGAUUUCAUGUAUUGUCUCUCUCUACCCCAGUUUGUUACUGUCAUGUAUCUUGACCCUAACGUUUAUGGAGCAUUGAUUGGAUUUAUUGUUGGACUGAUUUUGCGCUUGGGAGGAGGGGAGGCAAUGUUGGACUGGAAACCCUGGAUUCACUACCCUGGGGGUGUCAAUUUCCCAUACAAAACGUUUGCUACAAUUAUUUCGUUUCUCGCCAUACUAGUAAUAUCUCGUAUUGCUAAGUUUCUAUUUGAAAGAGGAUAUAUACACCCAAAAUAUGAUAUUCUAAGAAGCAAUCUUAAUAACGGUGGAAGGAGUAUUAUUCUAAAGAAAGUGAAUGCUGCCAAAAACGACUACAAUGCGGAUAUACCUCUUCCAAAUGUAUAUCCUAAUAUUCACGUGAUUGAUGCCGAUGAUAGAUAAAAAUCUUAUUCGUGAAAUCACGGAGAUAUAUACUUGGAAGGAAGCAGAAUCUACUCAAUUUGAAAUGAUGAAAUAAGAAGAACGCGAUGAAUUACACAACGGUAGGAAAAAAUGAUAAAAUAAAAUUACUUGCUCCACCAUAUUAAUAAUUUUACAAUGGUUGCCCAUACCAAAUUGAUCGAUUUUCUAAAUGGGAGUUAAAAGUAAAGAAAAACUUUUAUUAAAA